AUGGGUUGGCCUUACAAAUUUCUGGAUCUCUCCCGCGAGGAGGUCCAGAUCCGGAGAGAAACCUUGGAUCGAUACGGCAGCUAUGCACAGUUCUCCGCCUUGACGCCGAUAAUUCUGGCAUUGCUCAUUCGUUUCUUCGGAUAUCUCAGGCAGCGUUGGCAAGCAAGCGCCGCCUAUGACGCUGUUCCGGAUUCACCAGACCUGAAGGCUAGGAGGCAAAGCUGGGUUGGCAACUUCGAUACGAAUGUAAGGAAAGUGAAGUGGUGGCUGGGUGACGAUGUCUACUUCAUGGGACAGCAUUGGGGUCAGAAGGACCAAUGGGUCUUUGGCGUGGCUUGGUUUGCAUGGAUGCUUGUCCUCUCCAUUUUGGAAACAGGCGAAGACUACCUCCACCUCACGAAACGCUUCGGCAUCAUCGCCGCGUCGCAGGUUCCUUUCCAAUAUCUGCUGGCCUUGAAGAGCUUCAGCCCCAUCGCCAAAGUCUUCCGCACCUCCCACGAGGAACUCAACAAAUGGCAUCGCGUCCUAUCCCGUGUGACGUUGUCGCUGCUCGUCCUCCACGCCAUCUUCUACAUGAACUUCUUCGUCGAAAAGGGCAUCGUCCUGAAGCGCCUCUUCGCCCCCGUCGUCUUCCUUGGUGUCGUCGCCUUCGCAACCAUGAACAUGAUGACUUCAACAGCAGCUGCCGCCGUUCGGAAGUACUCGUACCGCGUAUUCUUCAUCACCCACCUCAUCGGCGCCUUUGCCAUCCCGCCGCUGGUCUUCUUCCAUGCCAGGUCAUCUCGGCUAUUCAUGGCCAAGGCCAUCAUCGUCUUCCUCAUCGAUCUCGUCGUACGCCGUCUUCGCACCGUCAUGGCCUUUUCGAAGAUGGAGACCAUUCCCGGGACGAAUCUCGUCAAGAUUCGCGCCUCGAUUCCUCAGUUCAAGGUCAAUGCUUUCCGAAGCCGGCCCGGAUCUCACAUCUACCUCAGCAUCCCCGCGGCCGCACGACCCGGCGGCGGCAAGUCUUCAGAUGCAUUGCUCUACGAAUUCCUCUUCAACCCCUUUACCGUGGCUUCCGUAGAUGAAGAGACGGGCGAUCUCACCCUUGUCGCUCGACAGCUCGACGGCCCGUUGACGCGGCACCUUGGUCAUUUCGCUAACGCGGGCGGAAGCUUGGACGACGGGAAGAUCCCGCUCUGCAUCGAGGGCCCGUACGGCGCUGCAUCCAUCCACUUCGACAAACUCAUCAGCACGACCGUCGACCGCGUCCUGUUGGUGGCUGGCGGCGUCGGAGCAACCUUCACCGUACCCAUCUACCAGGCCAUCAUCCAGGACAACCCGAGCGCCAAGGUCGAGAUGGUCUGGUCCGUCCGCGGAGCCGGCGACGCGACAUGGGCCAUGGCGACGGACAAAUCCCCCAAGAGCCUCCUCGAAGACGGCAACGUCCAUAUCUUCCUGACCGGCGACUCCCUCACCUCCGCCAACACGGGGCCCAUGGCCGGCAUGCCCGCCGAGACCUCCUCGGAAGGCGAGAUGGAGAUGAACCCCAUGUACCGCGACCGCAGGCGGAACCUCUUCACCAGCGACCACAACCGCAAGCGGCCCAACCUGCGGACCAUCGUCGACGACGUCUUCAGGCAGGGCGCCGAGGAGAGGGUGGCCGUGCUCGUUUGCGGGCCCGCGGAGAUGGGCAGGGAGAUGCGGGAGUACGUCGGGGCGUGGGUCAAGAGGGGCCGGGAGGUGGUGUGGCACAACGAGGCAUUUGGGUGGUGA